AUGAAGGUGCGCGACAUGGUACUGAUCGCUAUCCUGGGAAUCAGCGCCGCAGCGGUUCUGUUCGCGCUGGCUGCGUACCUCUACAUUCGACGUCGCCGGCGCAAGAGGGAGGACGACGAGGAUGGCACCAGUUGCGCUAUACGGGCUGACUCAACGAGCACAGACACUGGCAGAGACAAAAACAUAAGUAGACUCAAUGGGUUCCUCAAUUUGAAGACUCCACUCAUAAGUACAAAGACUUUGGGAGCGCAGCUUGAAACUACUUCAACAAGUUCCCCCCAAGCCAAAUCCCCCGCCACCAGCAGCGCGGGCGCCGCAGCUGGCGCCUCCACAGCCCAGGGGGAGCGGACUCCGACAGCGCACAACAAACAGCUGCAAAAUGUCAAGCAAGACCACCCGCCGCAUCCUUCCAUGGCGUUCCUUCAGAACCGGUCGAUAUCUCUGGUGGACAUGUACAUCGACAACUCGGAGCCGUCAGAGAACGUCGGUCAGAUACACUUCUCGUUGGAGUACGACUUCCAGAACACAACACUCAUUUUGAGGAUCAUACAAGGCAAGGAACUGCCAGCUAAGGACCUCAGCGGGACAUCGGACCCCUACGUUCGAGUGACGCUACUGCCAGACAAGAAGCAUCGCCUCGAGACUAAAAUAAAGCGUCGAACCUUGAACCCUCGGUGGAACGAGACGUUAUACUUUGAGGGUUUCCCCAUACAGAAGCUGCAGAGUCGGGUGUUACAUCUCCACGUGUUUGACUACGAUCGCUUCUCACGAGAUGACUCGAUCGGUGAAGUUUUUCUGCCGCUGUGUCAGGUGGACCUAAGUGAGAAGCCUUCGUUCUGGAAGGCGCUGAAGCCGCCUGCGAAGGACAAGUGCGGCGAACUGCUGACGUCACUGUGCUACCACCCCAGCAACAGCGUGCUCACGCUCGCGCUGCUGAAGGCGAGGAACCUCAAGGCGAAGGAUAUCAAUGGGAAAUCAGAUCCAUACGUAAAAGUGUGGCUCCAGUUUGGCGACAAACGCAUAGAGAAACGCAAGACGGCUGUCUUCAAGUGCACACUGAACCCCGUUUUCAACGAUUCGUUCUCAUUCAACGUGCCGUGGGAGAAGAUACGCGAGUGCUCGCUCGAUGUGCAAGUCAUGGACUUUGACAACAUCGGGCGGAACGAGCUCAUCGGGAGAAUACUUUUGGCUGGUAAAAACGGUUCCGGAGCAACGGAAACGAAACACUGGCAAGACAUGAUCACCAAACCACGGCAGACCAUCGUGCAGUGGCACCGCCUCAAACCGGAGUAAGCCACCUCGGGCCAACGCAUCAAUGCAGUUGCACGAUAGAUAGGGACAACGUUAUAGACAAGACAGAGAUGAUCAAUUAAAUACUCUUAAGUACCUUCUUUAUGAUGCUAAUCAAGGAGCCUCUCGAGUUCUUACGUCAGUCAGAUGUAGUUUACAACCAGCAUCUCUAGUGUCAGAAUUAAUCCCCUCAGAUUCACCGCCGUCUUAAACUAGGCUGGGGCUCUUGGGCGCACAAAAAUUAGGGGCCCUUUUGGAAAUUAAAAAGCGAAUUAUACUAACCUUUUUUCACUAAGUAUGACCAUUUAUUAUAUAGAGGUAAUCAAAUACAGUGUGAUAUAAUAUGUCAUUAAUGAAUGCUGCUGGUGUUUUGGUUACGAUUUGGGGAUUUCUGUUGAGCAAAUUCUUCUAUUAGGUAUAUCCUUAAAGUCAAUAUUUUGAAGGAUAUUGAUAUUUUCAGUCCUUUGCAAGGACUCUGUGUGCUCUUAUGGCAAAGACGGUAUUGCUCAGAUUACUAAUAGCUAGAACCCCUCUGUAAGCUAAGAUCCACUUAGCUUACAGAGGUUUUAGGAAGAUUAGAAAGUCGUUCAAUCUUCCACGUUCCUUUAAACCCACGAGAUCUGACAUAGCGCAGCUAAUCCCCUAGUGACGCUGCGUCUCAUUAAGAAGCCUAGGACAAGUAUACAAUCAGAGGAAACAAACUCACCGAUCUUGUAUAGAUCUGGUCCUAUAGUUUGUAGGAGAAAAUUACAUUUUUAUAGCUUGAAAGCCUUAAAAGCUCAUUAAAAGGCUUUAUACUUUAUUUUUCAAGGAUAAGUUAAAACUGGGAUGUGAUUAAUUAUGAUAUAAUUAUGGUUAUACUUGUCGUAGCAGACAAAUCAUCGCUGUUAUGCACUAAAAUCAUAAUCUAUAUGUAUCUCCCAGCCUCUGUUUUCCUUACCAGAGCUACUAUAGUACUGUGGGUACUUAAAAAUUCAAGUUAAGAAUGAGGGAACGAGAUAAAGGCGCAUCCUACUAUUUGAGUCAUGCGUACAACGUGUUAUUUGGUACGCAGCAUUCAUACAUCAUGCUCAUUAUCACGCCAACCCACAUUCAAGCAACGUGGUAAGCCUCAGCUCCAUAUUCUCUCCCUUAAGAAGGCUCACAGAAAGCUCAAUAUCAGAUCUGUCUUGUCUAUGGUAAUUUUAUGGCCCCUAAACAAUUUUAAAACAAAACGUCAUAAGACUGAGCGGUUUGAAAAAAAAUGACAUAAAUUUGAAUCUCUUCGUCGAUAUCACAGCUUCAUAAAUAGAUAGGUUAGUAAUUUAUAGGACGAAAUCUUACAAAAUCCAAGAGCAAACUUGCUGCAUAGUUAUUAGCUAAUUUUAUACUUUGUUUCAACUCUCAAAAUUAAAAAAAUAUUUAAUCACUGUCAAUAAUCUUUACUUCUAUACUAAUAUUACUAAAAGUAAAGUUUGUGGUACUUGGAAAUUAUUUCUGGAUUCACUAAACCAAUUUUAAAAUUCUUUUACCACUAGAAAGCCACAUUAUUUGUGAGUGUCAUAGGCUAUAUUUUAUCCCCGCAUUCUCACGGGAAUAGGGACUAAGCGGGUGAAACCGCGGGGCGUCGGCUAGUUCAAAAUAUUGUCAGUGGUUCUCAAAGUAUAAAAUUUUACAGAGUCGUCAUUCUUAUUAGAAAUCGAGAAACGUUGAAUAAAUAACUUUAAACUAUUUAUUAUUAAUAUUAUUUAAACUUGCCCUCUGAAUUGGUGGUCUUAACAAAUAGUCAAACUUGAUAUUUCAAAGCGCUUGUAAUAACUACUUGAAAAAAAUGUUUUUUUUAAGUUAUUUUUAUUUUGGUUGUAUGUUUAAUAUUAAUAAUAAAAUCUUACAUACCUUAUGUAUUUAUGAUGCAAUGAUAUCGAUGUCUCUAACUUUCAUGGUCGACGGCGCUCUUUCUAAAUACAGCACCUAUUUCAACUUCAACUUAAAAUUUUGUGAAUUUAUUUAAUAAUAGGUGUUUUAUUUCCAACUGAACGUUUGCAAAGUACAUCAUAGAUAAUAAUUAUACAUUUAUUGUUUAUUGUAUUAAUAAAUUAUAAAUAUUAUUAUUUAUCUAUACUAAAUGUAGGUACAUUUUUGAGUUUAGUUUAAGACAGUAAUAAUAAUUAAUUAUACUCUUAAGCGCCUGGUCAUUUUAAAUAAGACUUUCUUACUUCAACGGUUUUGCGUAUCGUUAACAUUUCUUUAGAUUUUAAAUUUAUUUGUAUACAAUUAUUAUAAUUUUUUGUACAUUAUUUAAGUAUUUACAACAUAAAAAAUAAUUUUAUUGUGUUGUCAAUUUAAAAGUUAAUAUUUUGAACAAUUUUUUAACAAAUAUGGAUAGGUAUUUUUAUCAGAAUUUUCAUGAAUCAAAGAUUUUAUUUGGUUUUCUCAGAAACUCUAACAUAUAAACUGUGCUAAAAGCUCUUUCUAAACUAUAAUUGACGUUUAAAUGUAAGAGUUGAAAUAUUCGACGUUAAGGUUUUAAAUAAGUGGUUAGAUAAUUAUAUGUAUAACAUUAUUUUUUAAUAAUAAUGAAAUAAUUGUUAAAUUGUAGUAAAAAUAAUGAUAAAUGGUCGUUCGUAUCGCACAAAAAUGAGUAGAUGAUUUUUUUAAUGUAUUUUAAUGUUAUAUUUCGGUUAAUCAUAAUUAGCGAAAUUACUAUAAUUUACUGGUGAAAUAUUUUUGAUUUACAAAUAAAUUUUAUUGUCUUUUCUUGUAAAAUUUAAGAACAGAAUUUUAAUAUUGCAUAUGAGAAGGUGGUUGUGGCUAUGAACAAAUGUGUUUAAAAAAUUAUUACCAUACUAAUAAUAUAAUAAUUAUAAUUAAUUAUUAUUAUACAUUACGACAAAUGUAGUAAACACCAAUUCUAUCCGUGAAUUUUCCACCAUUCCAAUAUGCAAUAUCUGCAAUUCGAGAAUAAUUUUAUUUAUUACUUUGAAAUUCCUUAAUAAUCUAAUUUAUGUAUUAUAUAUAUUAUAAUAAAGUAAAAUAGAUUUUACGCUUGUUGUUAAAAUGUUAUAAAGCUUACAUUCCGUGAUGUACUUAGACAAAUUGAUGUUGACAAUCCAGUUUCAAUAUUGUAUACAUUUAUAAAGGUUUUAUAGAAGAAAGUAGAACAUUUUAUAUGUACUAUGAACUAUCUGUCGACAAAUAAUUGAUUUUAUGCACUGGUAAAUAUGACAAAAAUUUUAAGCCCGCAGUGAUGGAAUAAAAAUUGAGGAAUUUACAUUUUUUUUUUAAAUCAGCGUCGAUAAGUAGUUCAUAGCCAAUACAAGUAGAUUGUUGUUAUAGUAUCUAGACUGGUCAACGUUUGUAACCUAGUUGCAAAACUGGAAAUAGAGAAAUUGGAUUUAGAAAACCCUCUACCCCCUCGACCGAGCUUCAGAACCCGAUUUUAGAAAAAGUAAUGCCAACAGAUUUAAAAAUAGCGUGUAAAAAUAUUAUAGAUACUUAGACAUAGUGUCUGAGCCGUUAUUGGUUAUCCCGAUACUAGUUGAGAUUUUUUGUAGUGCAUUAUGGUUAGUAGUGUUAGGAACCAACGAGGGUUGAGUUUUAUAUAAUCUGUGCACUAAGAGACAAAGUGGUAUGCUAGGCGGGAACGGUUUGUUUUUUUUUUAAGUGAUUUACAACUGGUUGGAGUGAAACUACAUUUCACGUUAGAAUAUAUUAUACCGAGUAGAAGACACUUUUGAAGAAGUGCUAUUCUGGAGGUCUAUACGGAAGGAUAAAACUAUCUACGUUGUAGUCAGGAUUUUACAUAAUGUGUAGCCAGUAGACGUGGUUAAGUAGUGAAUUCUCAUCAUCAAAAAGAAAACACCAGGUUCCUAACAAUAGUUAUAGGUUGAAAUUAUAUUUUAUAACAAUUUGUCAGCGUUGAAACUUUGGAAACUAGUGUCGGUUUAAUCAAUAUCAUGUUAGUACUAAUGACGGUAUCUUUGAUAAUGUUAAAAUAUCUAAAAAAAUUAGUCUCUAAGAAAGGCUCAGGCAUCGGUGUAUAGAUUCUGUGGUUACCUGUAAUCAUUCAUAGCUGUGUGCUAAAAUAAUAUAUUUUUUACUCCCGGAUUUUUGAUGCGAAUGUAUUAGAAUGGGAGAUUUGGUGGAACUUGAGAAGUGCUUUUUUCAUUAUUUUUGCUAUGCAUUUUAAUGGUGUUUCCUUUAUCAACAUAUUGUGCGCAAUCGCUUUGUUAGUCUUAAGCAUGGGUAUUAAACGCAUUCGGCGAUUUAUUGACGGAUACAUAAAUAAUUUUAUAAAAUAUUACUUUGAAAUUGACUUUUGAUCAAUAUUUAUUUUCGAGUUAGGUACAUUUAUGAAACCUUAAUUUCAUAUUGAAUAAUAAUAGUCGAUUUUACUGAUUGCCCUUUUAUAAAAUGUUAUUGUAUUCCUUUUUGCGGAGAUAUAAAUCGCUCAAUUCGUUCAAUACAUCUAUGGUCGUACGAGUAAAAGUUUUCAAUUCAUUAUUUGAAGCAUAUCUUCGGUAGUAAAUAAAAUAUGUAUUAUUAUAUUAUAUAUAAUGUAAUAAGUAAAAUAAAAAAGGUCAAUAUGAGAGGAAUUAUUCUAUAAAUGUAUAUAAAAAAAUAGGAAUAUUUUAAUGAAUCGUCGCGCAAAGUUUGAGAACCUUGAGCUAUUUUCGUACUUAUAACGUUUUUAACAUUAUUAAAACCAUUUCAAAUCUUCCGUGUACUACCUCUAUAUUUGUUUUGAAUUAAAUAUUAAAAUGUAAUAAUAUUACGCUCGAGUUGCUAUCGGUGGGACAAAAUUGACAGUUUCGUUGAUACUUUUUUCAGUAAGGCAUAACACAGACGACCGAUUUUUAUCGUUCACUUUCUAUUUGUAUCGUACUGGACCGAUUUUUAUGUAGUUUAUUUUUAUUUAACAUUCCUUUUUUUAAGUGUUUAAGUAACAAUUUAAUCCUUUUGCUUUGUCUGCCACACUAUAACCGAAAGGGAUUUAAUCGAAGGAGGUGUGGAUUUUCACUCAACUCCUAACAAGUUAGUACGCUUCCAUCUUAGAUUGCAUGAUCAUUUACCAUCAAAUGAGACUGUAGUGAAGGACUAACUUGUAAAGAAUAAAAAAAAACAUCUAUUACAAUGCCUUAUUCAGCAAGUCCAGCUGCCUAGUUUCAUUAAAACGUUAGUGAAAAAUAUACAUUUCUUAAAUAAAUAAAUUUAUUUGCUUCUCUUUAAAGCUACAUUUUUAAGUAGCUCCAAAGAGAAGCCAAAUAAAUUAUAUAUAUAUAACAUUUAUGAAAAAUUGAGAGGACGUGUUGGUUUUCUGUCCGAACAAAAGGAUAAAACCAAAACACAACAUAAAUAUUGCAUAUUGCAGUAAAUACGCCGAUAAAGGAGAUCAUUCAUUUUGGGCCCUUUUUGAAAGUGCCGGCCAACGAAAAAAAAUAGCACGAAUCGUUAGAACUAGUUAUUUGGAGUAAUAGUUAAUAUGGCAUGAAAGUUGUACGAGGGCUCUGAACCAAGUUAUACAGGUUCGACGAUUCGUUAUUUCCAUACAUUUUGACAAUUUUUAAAAGUGCCCGCCAAGAAAAAAAACUGGUACGUAUCGUUAGAACUGUCCAUUUGGAGCAAUAGUUACUACGGCUCAAAUGUUGUAGGACUGCACUGAACCAAGUUAUACAGAUUCGAUGACUCGUCACUUCUAUACAUUUUACUGAGUUUUGUAAGUGCCCGCAAACAAAAUAAAUCAUACGUAUUGUUAUAACUAGCCAUUUUCAGCAAUAGUUACUAUGGCAUAAACAUUGUAGUAUAGCUUUGUGUCGAGUUAUACAGUUUCGAUGAUUCGUCCAAUCCAUUUAUUUUAUUGAUUUUUUAAAGUACCGUUUAACAAAAAUAUGGUACUUAAGGUUAAAACUGCCCAUUUGGAGUAAUAGUUAGUAUGGUACAAAUGUUGCAAGAUUGUUCUGAAUCAAGUUAUACAGGUUUGAUGUCUCAUCACUUCAAUGUAUUUGAUGGAGUUUUGUAAGUUACAAAGUAAAUGCUAUUUAUCGUUAUAACUAGCCAUUUUCAGUAAUAGUUACUAAGGCAUAAACGUUGUAGUAUAGAUCCGAAUCAAGUUAUACUGUUUAGAUGAUUCGUCAAAUCCAUAUAUUUUACUGAUUUUUUAAAGUACCGUUCACCUAAAAUAUGGUACCUAACAUUAAAACUAGUCAUUAGGAGCAAUAGUUAGUAACACGUAGCACACUCUUCAGAAAAAUUCUAGUACUGAAACAAGUUAUAUAACUUUCAUUCAUUGAUUUCCGAAAAAGUUGGAAAACAUAAAAGCAAUAAUAAAAUAUAGAAAUAAUGAUUCUAAGCAUUUAAACAAAUUCAACAUUGUGGUGCUAAUGUAACUAAAAAUUGUGUUAUUGUGCAUUGAGAGAAAUAAAAACGUUUUAUUAAGUUCUUCAAGUAAUGGUAUAUUCGGUUUACAAGCUUGAAUAACAUAACAAAUACACGCACAACGGCAAAUCACAUGACCAAGUUCAGAAACGGUCCAGAAGGAAGAACAUAACAAAUAAUGAUGACACAACUCUUACACCAUGGUGACAUUUAUUUCAUAUUAUUAGUUAAGUAUUCAUCAUUAUUACCUAUUUAUUGUUCCCCAUCAUAUUCAGAUAUCAACUAAAACAUAAGUGACGAAUCAUCGAACGCAAAUAACUUGAAUAAGAGCAAUCAUACAAUGUUUCUGUCAUACCUACCAACUAACUGUAUUGCUUAAAUCGAUAAAAUGCAUAGAAAUUAAGAAUCAUUGAACUUGUAUAACAGGCCUACAACGUUUGUAGUACUAUACUAACUAUUACUCCCCGUUCCUAUUACAACCAGUUCUAAUGAUACGUACUAUUUUAAUAGUUGGCACUUAAAAAUCAAGAAAAUAUAUGGAUAUUACAAAUAGUCACACCUGUAUAACUUAGAUCAGAGCAUUUAUACAACGUGUCUGCCAUACUAACUGACAAAGUAUGUCUAAAUGAUCAGUUAAAAUGAUACCUGUAAGAAUUUUAUUGGCAGGCACCUUUAAAAAUCAAUAAAAUGUAUGGAGAUGGCAUGCCAUUUAACCUGUAUAACUUGGUUUAGAGCAAUCCUACAACAUUCGUGUUAUACUAACUAUUGCCACAAAUGACCAGUUAAAACGAUACGUAUCAUUAAUAUGGUCGGUGGGUACUUACAAAACUCAAUAAAAUGCAUAUAAGUGACGAGAUAUCGAACCUUUAUAACUUGGUUCAGACCAAACCUACAGCAUUCGUGGAAUACUAAAUAUAAAUAUAUCCAAAUGGGCAGUUCUGAUGAUAAGUGCAGUGAUAAGUGCAUAUUUUUGUAAAACGGUACUUUGAAAAUCAAUAAAACAUAUAUGGAUUUGACGAAUCAUCGAAACUGCAUAACUAGACACAGAGCUAUACUAAAAUGUUUAUGCCAUAGUAACUAUUGCUGCAAAUGCUAGUUACAACGAUACGUAUUAUUUAUAUUGUAGGUGGGCACUUACAAAACUCAAAAAAUAUAUAUAGAAGUGACGAGUCAUUGAACAUGUAUAACUUGAUUCAGAGGAAUCUUACAACAUUUGUGCCAUACUAACUAUUGUUCCAAAUGGGCAGUUCUAACGAUACGUAUCAGUUUUUUUUCUCAGCGGGCACUUUUGAAAAUUGACAAAAUGUAUGGAAAUAACGAAUCGUCGAACCUGUAUAACUUGGUUCAGAGCCACCUGACAACUUUUAUGCCAUAUUAACUAUUGCUCCAAAUAGCCAAUUCUAACGAGUCGUGCCAUUUUUUUUUGUUGGCCGGCACUUUCAAAAAGAGCCCAAAAAUGUAUGGAGCGUGAAUGAUCUCCUUUGUUUCUACUUAUGUAUGUUUAAUUUAAUAAAUUAUCGGACCGAUUUUGUCUGUCGUCUGUAGGAAGCCUGAAUUCUAAUAUACUUAGAUACAUUCCUAAGAAUUGUGAUGUACAAUAUAUCAACAUAUCAGUUUUCUUAUGUUUCAAUACAUAGUGGCACAAACUAGAGAACAUAUUUUCAUGAGAAAUAUUAAAAGAAAGAAUUCAUAUUUUUCUCGAAAUAAAUUUUAAGAGUUUAGAUUACCAUAACUUACUAUUUUAUUUAGUUUUAAUUUUGUUUUUAUUUACGUAACAUGAUAACAGGUAUUAGUUUGAAAAAUGAAUAAUUAAUUCACAAUUAUUUAAAUAAAUGAUUGUGGAGAUAUAAACGAAGAUGGCGACGAACUGUCAGUUUUCGCGCGCUUUCACGAACAGCCAUUUUGAAUGCUUGUUGAUAAAAUGACAGCUCAAAUAAUUGUAUAACUUUGUAAUCGCGAUCGGUGUCUAUUUUGUGCAAUAUUAUAAAUGUUAUUAUUAGGAGAAUUGUGAUUUUACCAAUAUAGUUGAUUAUUUUAACGUAUAGUUAAAAAUUAACGUUUUAAAAUAUAUAAUAUCAUAAUAUUAUAACGUUAAGAGAUCUGUGUUUAGAUAUAGAAAAGAAAAACAAUGUUAAAAAUGUAUUUAUAGACUGUUACCAUAAAAUUGGCUUAUCAAUGGUUAAUUAUAAUGUAGUUUGAUGAAAAAAAAAUAGUUUCUGUCGUGUUACAAUGAAUAAUCCACGAAUUUUUUUCUGAUUGUUUUUUAUUUAAUUUACAUAUUUAGCUGUAUGUUUAUAUGGUACGUAUUUAAAGUGUUGAGAAUUACUGUAUUCUGUAUUUAUUAUACUUGUGAGAUUCAUUAUUCCCAAAUAAAUUAUUGAGUUAAUAA